AUGAACGACCUCGUCGACAAGCCACGUCAUCACCCCCCUUUUUCUUGCCGGCGAUCCCUCAGGCGCACCCAAUGGCUCGCCUCUAGCCUUGAUUCUCUCCUUGGCCAAGACACUCACUUCCAUCCGAUGGGCACCUGGAUCACUUCCCCCUCCCUCAAAAGGAUGGCUUUCCAGACGUACAACUGCCGUACGUCGACUCAGGGCAGCGGAUCGACGGAUGUCUACGUCAAAAACCCGCCACAUCCACAGCAAAUCUCGCAACGGGCGCAAGGAGUGCAAGCGUCGUCACCUAACAACGAGACCGCCGACCACCACUGCUCCUUUCUCGAGUUCCUGCUCGCCUCCGCCUCCACCUCUGCCCCGUCCACCGCCGCCGUCGACGGCCACUGCCCGGCCGGCUCUGGCAGCGGCGGCGGCAACAGCAUCCCGGCCGCUGCCGGACCAUGA